CAGUCUUCAUUUAAAAUGUCACUCAAGUGCGUUGUAGCCAUUUUUCUGCUAGCGAACCUAGCUUUUGGGGUUCGCUACGACUACCAUUCAUCUCAACCAGUCAGCAAGUCUUUACUGACCUAUUAUGAAAACUUAAAUGCGACCGACACUUGCACUUUCGAUAUAGCACCAUGUGACCCUAAUGAAUGGAGACGGCUGGAUGGAUCGUGUAACAACCUCAACCAACCGGCUAAAGGAGCAUACUUCGUGCCCAUGAUAAGGCUCCUGGAUUCAGUUUACCACAAUGGUAAUGAACCCAGAAAAGCUGCUGACGGUGAGGAUCUCCCUCUUCCCAGAAAAGUCCGUACUGCUUUAUUGAAGAUCGGAAAAUCUAGCCACCCUGAGCUCAGCCAGCAAGUACCCAGCUUCGCGGCUUACGUGUUGAUGGACAUUGCAUCCAUACAUGAUAUAGAAAAAAUGUUAUUAGAGAAAACUGACUGCUGCGAACCUGAACACAUGAAUGACCCAGAAUGCACGCCCAACAUCAUACCAGAGGACGACCCCAUCCAUAGAUUCAGUGGUAUUCGCUGCUUGAACUUGACCAGACCGCAAACGUACCAAGACUUCCACUGUACCCAAGAAAAAGUACCUUCCCUGAUUAUUAGAGCGACACCCUCUUUCGACUCUUCUCCUAUUUACAACCAGUUUAAUGAUGGAGAAAAAGCCAGGACUUACAAAGAUGGACUCUUGAUAACUGAGGAAGAAAAUGGAAGACUCUUCCCGCCAACUGGACCUCGAGGACUCUGCCUAUUAAACCAGGCUCCAAAAGAAACUAGAUGUUACCAAAACCAUCUUAACAGUGUGUUGCCAAUCCAUAUGUACACACUGUGGUUCUACAGAAACCACAACUUCAUUGCCAAAGAGUUGGCUAAGGUCAACCCACACUGGGAUGAUGAAACUCUUUUCCAAACUGCAAGAGACAUCAACAUUGCCUUCCAACAGAACAUGUACUUCUAUGAAUGGCUACCAGCUGUUAUGGGUUACGACAAUCUAGUCAAAGCUGGAAUUCUUAACAAAGACCAGGGAUUCAGGGACGUCUACGAUGACAAAUUGUACCCAGUGAUGACCUUGGAAUACAACUUUGCGUUGCGUUGGUUCCACACUAUGAUAGAAGCUACUUCGCAUUUGUACGACAAAGAAGGAAACAAGGUCGGAGACAUGCCGUUGUUAGAGAUCUUAUUCAGGACUGGAUGGGUGCCUCAAGACAAGAACGAAGAAUACAUUACCAACGGAUUCAUCAGACAGCCUUGCCACAACCCUGACCACAGUAUCGAUUAUGAUAUUUCUGAACGUGGUCUGCCCCUUGUUCAACGAGUCUUGGACCUCGCUACCAGUGACAUGCACAAAAACCGUUUGUUCGGUUUGGCUCCUUACGUCGACUACGUCAAGCUAUUCAAUAACAUUACUGUUAACGACUUCGAAGAUCUGUCUCCACUUAUUGAUGAAGAGAAUAUCUACAAACUUUCGUUGCUCUACAAAAAUGUGAGAGACAUUGAUCUUAUGGCCGGUAUGUGGUCUGAGAGGCACAUGCAGGGUGGCAGUGUAUCCAAAACACUCGGUGACAUCACUUUGGAUGCUUUAAGCAGAUCCAUCAAAGGAGACAGACAUUGGUACGAAAGACCAAACAGGCCGCAUGCUUUUAACAAAGUCCAACUGAAGGAGAUUAGGAAGUCAAGUUUGGCAAGACUUCUGUGCAACGUUGGCGAGGGUGUCGGACAAGUUGUAAAGCGCGGCUUCUACAACGUCGGCCCCAAGAACCCAUUAGUUUCGUGCAGCGAGAUCCCACAAAUGAAAUUCUCUGCGUGGAAGGAAUAAUGCUUAUAAUGCUAGUCAAUCCUGAAUGUCGAUAUAAAAAGAAAUGAUGAACGAUUUUUUUCUUAAAUGAAAUAAAUGUUUUGUUACUUGUUGAA